AUGGGACGGUGGAAUAUUGCAGCAGCGAUGAAGUGGGUGUGGCGAUGGGCGGUGGAGCGCAGCUGUGAACUUCCGCAUUCGCGGCUGCGCUCCACCGUCCACCACCGCCAUCAUACUGCGCGCUUCGAUGCCCACGGCCACUACCCUCCACCGCCGCCACCACCACACCACAGCACAAUAUCUCCACCAUCGCUUCACUCCUGGGUGUGCGUCGCGGACAUGUGUCAAGAUUCUGGUCAGCCUCAAGGGUCGACAAGGUCGAAGAGGAGAAUCGCAAACUAUUCAAGCUGUACAAGGAGGAAGGAGAGGAACAUUUGCACCGCCAUCGAGAUGCAUAGCAGCACAACGAUAUCCAACGAUGCGUGGGAUGUGCUGCCAAGUGGUUACGACAACCUCCGCGCUUUCAGGGUCCGGUUGGCAUCGGUGCUCGCCAACACGACUGCAGUCGAGUCGGAUUUCUCGAUACUCAAGUGGGAGCUCGAGGAGUUCCGUAGCUGUAUGAUGCACCUAUCGCCGGAGUGCACCUUCCAGGCAAAGCAGCGUCGCCUGUUGAUGUCGCUGCUUCAUUAG